AGCUGGAACAUACGCAUACCCACGUGUAAUUUCUGGGUUUUACUGUCUAGUGACUUUCUGAACUUUCACAGUGCGUAUAAUGGAAAAUCAGGCAAAGCACAAAGGUAAAAAGAAGUCGAAACGGGGAGAAAGUCAAUCAAAUGAUGAUAUGAUAGGAUUUUCAGGACAGGAGAGAAUGAAACUAAGAGUGCAAAAAAAAGCAAAGGAGAAGAAAAAUACCAAAAAAUACACAGUGGAGGAUUUACUGGAAAAGGUAGAAGAGAAUAUGGACAAUUUUAACUUUGAAAUGGCACAGAUCUUUUGCCAGCAGGCUUUGGACAUGGAGCCUACAAACGUUAGAAUUCUGGAUAUGCUUGGAAACAUUUAUGCAGAGCUGGGAGACACGGAAAAAGCCAAACAAAUUUUUGUACAGUCAGUGGAACUCAGUCCAGAAGAUGGUUAUAGUAAGUACAUGUAUCUUGGACAGAUUCACGGUGGAACAGAAGCAGUCCAGUAUUUCACCAAGGGCAUUGAUGUAAUGCUUAAUAUGUUUGAAAAGCAGACAAAACAGACAACGAGUGCUGCUGCAGUUUCCAGUGAUGAAUGUGAAGUAACACAGAAGGAUAUUGCUGCGGCUUUUUGUUCCAUUGCAGAAAUAUACUUUACAGAUCUCUGCAUGGAAGAUGGAGCUUCAGAUAAAUGCAAAGAAGCCAUUGAAAAAGCUCUGCAGCAUGAUCCAGAUAAUCCUGAAGCACUUCAGCUGAUGGCUAGUUACCUCUUCAGUACAGAGAAAUCUAAGGAGGGAAAAGAUUUUCUUAUGAAAGGCAUUGCAGCAUGGCUUCCAAGUCUUCAGAAAAGGCCAGAUGAUUUGCCUUGUGAAAAUAAAGAUGAAGAGGAGCAGCAAGAUAUCCUGCAGGUAUGUCCACCUUAUGAAUCCAGAGUAACUACAGCCAAACUGCUUAUUGAAGCUGAAGACUAUGAGCAUGCAUCAGAAGUGCUUGAAAUGCUCUUAGAAGAGGAUGAUGAAGUUGUGCAGGUUUGGUACUUGUUAGGUUGGGUUUGCUACCUUCAGAUCGAGAAGACUGAUGAGACUGAACCGUUUAAGGACUCUGCCUGCAAAUACUUAAUUAAAGCUAAAAAACUUUAUACGAAGUUAAAGUGCGAUGACCCCCAGCUGAUGGAGCACACUGAACAGCUUCUCACUGAGUUGGGACCACAGGCACAGGUACAAGGCGUAGAACAGGGGAAAUCGGAUUUGGAGCAAAGUGUUGGUGAAAGAAGUGAGGACGAACCUAUGGAAGAGUAAAAUCCAAACAGCUAAAGGAGCCUUUUUUUUUAACUCAAUCAAAGCAACAAUUUUUUUGUACUGUAUAUGGAGAAGGUAAUGAUUGUAACAAUAACAGAGACAUGCAUUUUUAUUAUCAAAUAAAAUCUUGCCAUCUCUGAAUAGAA